AUGUGGCCAUCCGGUUGUUGUGGCCAUCUCAGUCCCAGGACCUCAAACCUCAAACCAUCCCUCGACCCCGACCUCCGAGUAGCAUGGAUUACAAGAGGCGCCACGCUCCCAGUCAACAAUAACUAUCAAUUUACUGCACAGUUCAUACAACGAUGGAACCCGGUCCGAAGGGAUCCUCGGUCCCUGAGUUUUCUCCCUGGGCCCGACCUGCUCUCCCUCCGUAGAAUGCACCUUCUAGAGUCUAGACUCUUCCAGAAGAUCAAAGUCAUACUAGGCUUGAAUGUGGCCAUCCGGUUGUUGUGGCCAUCUCAGUCCCAGGACCUCAAACCUCAAACCAUCCCUCGACCCCGACCUCCGAGUAGCACGGAUUACAAGAGGCGCCACGCUCCCAGUCAACAAUAA